UUCAAAAAUGCGAAUGUGAAAGUGAAGCCAUGAUCUUUUGUACUUAUUUUGUUACUUUAUCAAAGACUCACAGAAGAUAGAUCUAGGUCUAGAAUAGUCUAGAUCUACUAACAUUCUGAUUGUCUUUUAACAUAAUCUAGAUAUCACUAUGUAAAGGAAGACAUGCCCUUUUACUACUGAUCUAGACUCAGACUAGUCUAAGAUCACAACAUAAUUAUAGAUCUAGAUAAUUAAUUAAUAAUAAAUAAAUAAUCAUGCUUCCACCCACUGCUGAAGAUUUCACACUUGUUAAACCAAUAAGCCGAGGUGCUUUUGGUAAAGUUUGGCUCGGUCACAAGAAGAAUAACCCUGAGAAAUUGUAUGCCAUAAAAGUGAUGAAAAAGAUAGACCUUAUCAAUAAGAAUCUUAUCGCUCAAGUGACUGCUGAAAGAGAUGCACAGGCCAGGUCACAAAGUCCCUUCAUUGUCCAGCUGUAUUAUUCCAUACAAACACACUCCAACAUAUUUUUGAUUAUGGAGUACCUCAUUGGUGGAGAUGUGAAAUCUCUGUUGAUAAUGUGUGGGUACUUUAAUGAAGAGAUGUCCUGCAUGUAUGCAGCGGAGGUAACCCUUGCUCUUGAAUAUCUACAUAAAAGAGGCAUUGUUCACAGGGAUCUCAAGCCAGACAACAUGCUCAUCUCUGACAAAGGCCACAUCAAGCUGACAGACUUUGGUUUGUCUAAAAUUGCCUUUGAAAAUAGCAGUCCAAUGUCUGGAAGCAUGACCCCGUUCAAUCAUCGUUACCCUGGGAAAAUGGAUCUUAGAACACCUGGUCAGAUUCUUAGCCUCUCUUCUUCUUUGGACUUUGCUGGUAGCUCAUCACAGAAAAAAUUUCCCCAUGAAAGAGAUAAGACUGUCCUUGACGCAGACAAGACUCCCAUUUUUAACUGCCCCAGCCCCUUGCCUGCGCACCCUCCAACACCGUCUGACAAGUGUCACAAGCAGUCACUUAUACGACGUAUGUUGACACCCGUCAAGAUGAGGUCAUCUUUCCAGACCAGUACACAGCACAGUAGCCUCCUUUCCACUCCACCGGUCAAAAGUUUGACCCCUACCUUGCAGGAUUCACUCGGCUGGAGGAGCUCCUCGGCCAGUGACUCUGUGUCCAGGAAUGCUUGCAGCCUGAUUCAGCUUUCCAUGAUGUCCAGAAACAAUGCUGAUAAUACUUCAGUUUUUAUGGAAGAUUAUACACCAGAGCAUCCAUCCAAAUUGAAUGGGCUUCCUCCAAUAGCCUCUAGUGCUGCUUGCACAGAGGCAUCUGCUUCUUCCAGUGGGAAUCACCUCUCCGCCCAGGCCAGUACUUCUGAUGGGCAUCCACUAAGCUGUGAGAGCCAUGUCAUGCCGCUGCUCAGGGUGGAAGGGGCUGAAGAUGAGACACCAUUGCUCCAUCGGACUCACGACGCCGUCUGGAAAAGCUAUUCAGCAUGCAGCCUCAAAUCCAUGAGAGGUGGAGACUUCAGCCUGAGCGCCUUUGCUGGGGAUACUAAUGAUACAAGUGUAUCGCCAAUCGUCGACAAUUCUAAACCAAAUGUGGACCUGAUGAGCCCUGCAGCCAAUGUUUCAUCAGAACCAGAUUUACCCUUGCACAGGCUUGACAACAAAGUUGCAAGCUUUCCAUCUUUGACUCAAAGUUUGACUGCUGAUUCCAAUACUUCUGUGGAGAUGGAACGUGGCAUGAUCAGCUCCCCUGACGAGUCCCUGAGUGGUAUCCAUGGCUACACAAAAAUCAAGCUACUCUCAACGGCUGGGUCCACUGAUCUUGAACUCUCUAGGGACUUCUCGAGCCACUUGCAGCAGGGUGACCAGUAUUUCAACAGUACCAGACUCUCCUUGGAUUUUGGCGCCUCUGGGCAGUUGAGCUUAGACUCUGGCCCUGAGAUCAAAGAAAUGAGCCAGAUCCAGGGUUUAGGGCGCCUUCCCUUAAAACCAAUCUCUGGGAACAUUUUACCCAAUUUUAAAGUAGUGCCCAGUAAGAGAACAGAACUGUUAGUUACAAAAGAUGAGGGAACUGGCAGUGCCCCGAGAGAGUGUAGAAAGCUAAGUAAACCAGGACUUCGGCGUGUCUUAUCUGACACUUUUGACAAGUGUAUAACCAGCAGUCCGCUGACAGAUGCAGCCAAAAGCUUGAUGUGUAUAAAAAGCAGAUCUUACGAAAUAGGCAAAGAAAAUUUUCGCAGAAGUAGUGUCCCCAGGAGCAUAAACUUUGACCGCAAGCGACCCUUUGAGGCCAUGGAUAGCCAGGAUCAAGCAAAUGGAUUGUACCAGAAUACAUCUAUUUCCCACGGCCACACUGGUUUGUCACCAGAUGUUAGCAGGCUGUGUUUGGACAACAGUGAUGUUGCCCCUCGCAAAAAAAGGCAACUCUACGCUCACAACUUGUUUAACACUAAACUGGAGAGCAGCAUGUGUGAUAAUAACCAACUGGAGACAGAUGCUAAAAAAGCUGAGUUUUGCGACAGGCCGGUUGGCCAGCACUACUGCAUACCACAGCAUCCAAAAGUAGCCAUGCUCAAACUUGGGGGUCACACCAGUAGCACUGGGCUGACGGGACAGCUCAGCGCCUUGGCAUUAAAAGAGUUGGUUUCUGGAAUGCAGAUGAAAUCACAAGAUGCCAAGAUUGAUUGUGCCGCCAAGCAAACACCUUCAUCUCUCCCAGAGCUAUCAAAAGAAUAUGGCGCAGAGAAUUCUCUCCAGCCAAACAGUCUUCACAGGGUGUCUGCUUUGCAUAACUUGGCACAUCUCUACAACAGUCCCAGCAGCUCUCCAUCAAGCCAAAGCUUCAGCCAGGACACAGAUGCCAAAAUAGAUUUCUUCAUAGCCUCUCCAUCUCCUGGGCCAUCCAUGCACUCAUCCCCGUCCGCUGGCAACAGCUGCCUGAAGCCUUUAAUCUUCAAAAAAGGAAUCUCCACCCUGGACAACACUAUUGGCACAGACGUCAGCAACCUGAAUAACACAAUUGAAUUUGAAGAUGCUCCUCCACAGGAAAUCCUGCUGACUGUACCCAUACAGGGAAGAUCUAGGAGUUCUUCCUCAUCAUCCUUGUCUGACAUUGGCUACGUUGAUCCCUUAUUUCCUUCAGAGUCUCUGGCUCAUGCCCUGCCCUCCCCACCCAUUACAAGACAUACCAGUCCUGGACAAGAAUCCAGGUCAAGCAGCCUUUCCCCCGAGGACUGUUUCUCCAAGAAGAGGCAGAUGAAAACGGAUGCUUUGUCUCAAAGCAAGCAGCUGAGGCUGUUAUCCCACCAUGAUCCCAUGCCCAGCAUUGCGGAAAAUAUGAGCAGCAAGGAUUUGGACGACUCAGUUUCUUUUGUAAAACCUUUGAGUGUUAUCGAUGAAAGAGCAGACAAAAACCAGCAGACGUCUCACAUCUCACCACCAAAAGAUCAAAAACUACUGGGUGGAUUGGUUCAAGCAGCAUUGCCACUCAAGGACUCGCUGUUCAAAACACCAUUAAAAACGCCAGCGGCCAGGCUGCAAACUCCACUGCGUACACCAAAGAGUGUUAGAAGAGGCGGCCCUGAAGCUCAACCUGCUGAAGAGAGGAUUCUGGGAACCCCCGACUACCUGGCUCCUGAGAUCUUGUUGCAGAGACCACACGGUUUUGCUGUUGACUGGUGGGCUCUUGGUGUAUGUCUGUAUGAGUUUCUGACUGGGGUGCCUCCAUUCAAUGAUGAGACCCAUGAAGCUGUCUUUGAAAAUAUCCUGAACAGAAAUAUUACAUGGCCAGUUGGGGAAGAAGCUCUCAGUGACCAGGCCAGAGCUGCUGUUGACGCUCUUCUUACAACUGACCCAGAGAAACGUCCAGCAGCGAAAGAGGUGAAGCUAAUGCCUUUCUUCUCCGCCAUGGACUGGUCUAACUUGUUGAACAUGGAACCUCCCUUUGUACCCCAGCCAGACAAUGAAAUGGACACUGGCUAUUUUGAUCCUAAAAAUUCUGUCAGGGGCAUCGUCUUGUCAGCUGUCGACAUGUGAUUAGCCGGGAAAAAGUGUACAUCCAGGUCAGAUGACUUCCAAAGAUUUCAGAGAGUGGAGACUUCAACUAUCCUGGUUGUUCUGCAUGUAUAGACUCUGUGUGGCUCUAACAGAUUGGCUGCCAACAAAAGAUUUGUCUCCCAUGUUGCUAGACAGUGCUGACAAUAUACAUGUUUUCUCUCUCAUUCUUUAUCCUGACAACUUUAACAUCAGACAAAUAGAACGACCUUUGUUAUUCAAGAUAGUUGGAAGUUUUAACAUUGCAUAGAAAAUUGACAUAAAGCUAUUUGAGCGUAAUGUGUAAAUCUGGUCAUAAGUUCGAUGAUGUCUGCUAAGUGAGCCUGCUGAUGAAAAGUUGUUAUAUCUCUUUUUAAAGAGCAGUGUACAUUUUGUAAAUAUGUGUGUGUACAUAAAUGGAGAAGCAAAACCAAUAUUUAUUCACCUGUGCCAAUAUUUUAAAACUGCAUUUUACUGAUAACAUGACACUUCACUGACAUAUGUAAAUGUUGGACCGUUCAUUUUUCCACUUGUUCAUGUUUUUAAACUUUUUUAUUUAUUUGUCAGCAAAUUUUGUUUUUUUUACAAGUUUUUGAGAUAUAAAAAAACCCAUAACUUUUUGAGUUGAUCUACUUAAUUUUUAACAUUUUUAAACAUUAUAUUGACUGGUUUAUUUUUCAAAAUAUAUUCAGAGCAUAAGAACAAAUUUUUGUCUCAGGUUAAAAGACAUUUGGCUGUCUUUUGUUCUCAAUGCGUCCAUCACUUAAAACAUUUCUCUCUACAAGUUUUUCAGGGCACAUUUCUAUUUUAUAUAAUUUUAGUCUUAUAAUUUUUGGAUCUGAAUUUGAUUUUUUUUUUGCCUUAAAUGAGAAAGAAAAAUAACAAAAUAAUAUGCAGUGUCUCCUCCUCAACUAGCACUUCAGCUUUCGUGGCUUCUCUAUGUUGCUGGGGCUUUAUUUAGAGAAAAAAGCAUAGUAAUAAUUUACAGUGUCUCCUUGCCAACUUGCACUUCAGCUUUCGUGGCUUCUCUUUUUUUCGCCAGUUUUUAUAAGAAAAAAAAUUAAAAAUGGGAAAAAUAAUGUCUGAUCUUUGCUUGCUUUUUUUUUUUUUUGUGUGGAUUUUAGUUGAAAUUUGACCCUUGGGAAAUAUAAAAUGAAUUUCUAAAUGGAAAAAAAAAUCCCUAAAUAUAAAAAAUAGAUUCCUAAUAUUAAUUUUAAAAAAGAGACACUUUUUGGGCUCCUCACAAAUGUGCCAACAACACAUAAUUAUUUGUUUGUAUUGUAUCCCACCCAGCACUUGUUGGUUCAGUACAGUGGCAGGCGCAAGAGAGAAAGACUUUAUUUUUACUGUAUUUUGUCUACUGUAUGUAUGUUCCUACUUAUGUACACUACAGUACUCAGACUCAAUGAAGCAUAAAGGCAAUGUCUUGAUUCCAAAGAUUAAGGAUGUGUGCAGUGUUUCACAUGGCCACAAACCUAAUGGCGACCUGAAUAUUUUUCUUACACCCGAUGCAGACAAAGCCGCUGGUGGGUCUAAUUAAGUUCUUUACGUCUCUUGUUCCCUGCCUUCUACAAGGGCUUUCUUUGGGGCAUAAUAGCCAAAGAAAGGUAGGAGUGUAAAGUCUUCAUAUAGUGUAUAAAUCCUUCACUAGGUAAGCCAUUUCCACUUCAAUUAUCUCUGGUCAAAGUAAUUUUCCAAACACACCAAAUGAGAAAACAUUAAAUUGUACUUGAAAGUCUGAAGUGUGUUGUUGUAUAUUGUCUAUUUUAGUUGUUCAACAUUUAAAUUUUUCCCUGAGCCUCAUACCAGUGUUAUUUCCUGCAUCAGCAAAUUCUGUAACAUUUGCUUAGAUCAUAUAGGACUUCUGUUGAAUAUAAUCAUACAAUAUAGAAAAUACUAAAGCAUUAUACCUGCUAGCUAUAACAUAGCUCCACUUUGUAAUUUAUAAGAGUGAAUGUAUUGAUUCACACUAGCUGUCAAAAUGUUACUAUAUCAUCACAGCUUUUAUACUGUAAUUACCAGACAUUCUCUAUCGAUAUGUUUAUAUAUAUAUAAAAGCUUUGCUAUAAAUUACACUUCUAUUUUUGUCCUGGACAUUUGCUAUAAGUCAGACAUGUUGAAAAUGUGCUGUAGCUUCAUUUUUACUUAGGAGUUCAUGAAAUGUUUGCAGAAAGAUGAAAUUAAUAUAUUUUUCAAAUGUCAAACUUUUACUGUCCAGGAAUGAAGUCUAAUGUUACAACUAGUUGCUGUCAGAUUCCAGACUUUUUGUAAUCCAAAUAAUUGUUUCUAUAGUUUUAACUUGAAAAGAUCCAGAACAAAUAAAAAUAUAAUCAACUAGUAAA